AUGACCGCUUCAACUACCAUUGGCCUACUUCAACUUUCACCAGUUUUCAAAAACCCAACCGCUACAAUCGAUCUAGCAGAAAAGUUGAUAACCGACUUACGUCCUGGUCAAAUCGAUCUUCUCAUUCUCCCUGAACUAGCUUUGGCAGGCUAUAAUUUUCAGUCGUAUGAAGAGAUCGAACCAUUUGUGGAAUCCGAAAUCGAUGGAAUCUCAGUCACCUGGGCGAAAAAAACAGCUACCCGCUUAAACUGUCAUGUCAUCAUCGGUUUUGCUCAACGAAUUCCUUCAAAUCCCAACUCAUCAGACCAAUCCGAUCAAAAAUGUUAUAAUUCAUUAGCUAUCAUUUCAAAUGAAUCUAAACUUUUGAAAACUUAUCAUAAAACUCAACUUUAUCCAGCUGUUGAUCCACUUUGGGCUAAAGCAGGCGAAGGAUUUUUAAGGAUGGAUCUAAAGAUUGGAAAAUCAUCAAAUGGUGAUCUCAGAGAUGUAAAAUGUUGUAUAGGAAUUUGUAUGGAUUUAAGUCCAGAUAAAUUUGAAGCUCCAUUCGAUGCAUAUGAAUUAAGUUCAUUCUCAGUUCAGAAUGGUGCUGAAUUACUAUUAUGUCCAAUGGCUUGGUUAUCUUCUACUUCAAAUCCAGAUCCAAAUCAAACUCUUUCAGGGAAGAGUUGGUCAGAAGUUGGAAGUACUUUGAAUUAUUGGGCAGCAAGAUGUAAACCGCUGUGGGAAAAAGCCGGUCAAACUUUUGUGGCUUGUAAUCGUGUUGGAUGUGAGAAAGAUACGGUCUAUACUGGUACUUCUUGCGUGAUCUCCAAUGUACCAGAAGAGGGAGAAAGCUUAUCUGAAAUCCCAGAGCGCCCAACAGUAUUAGUACACGCAAACGUAUUAGGUUGUAGAGCCAAAGCUAUGUAA